CAUUAUUAGGCCCCAAGGUAACGGGUUCUUGUCUCUUCUUUUUACACCUCUCGUCUCUCUCACUCAAAGGGGCUUCCUCUCGAUGGAGAUUAACAGGCAAGUGGUGGUGCUGGGUAAGAUGGCAAACCCACAUGUAGCAGAAGAAGGGAUGAUGGCUCCUCUACUAAAGCAAGGUCGGCCUGCAGUUAAUGGGGGCCUUCACCCGUCAACACACCAGAAAAGCCGUGACCAUCAAGUAGAGGAACCAGAAGAAGCAGCGUUGCUCCAACAAACGUGGAUGGAAUUGAAGAAGCUAUGGGCAAUUGUCGGCCCCACCAUCUUCACCCGACUUGCCAUGUAUGGGAUGUAUGUCGUCACUCAAGCCAUCGUCGGCCAUCUCGGCGACCUACAGCUCGCCGCCCUCUCCAUAGCCCUCACCGUCAUUGUUGGCUUCAACUACGGCUUCUUGUUUGGCAUGGCUAGCGCGCUGGAGACGCUGUGCGGCCAAGCAUACGGCGCGAGGAAGUACCCGAUGCUGGGGAUUUACUUGCAGCGAUCCAUCCUCGUCUUGCUCGCGUGCGCCCUCCUUCUGCUGCCCACCUACUUUUUCACCACCCCCAUCCUCAAACUGGUGGGUGAGACGGACGAGAUCGCCGAACUCACCGGACAUAUCGCCUUGUGGCUCAUACCUCAGCAGUUCAGCUUAGUAUUCUUGUUCCCGCUAACAAGGUUCCUCCAAUGUCAGCUGAAGAUCAUGAUCAUUGCCUGGAUGGCUGGAGCCUCCCUGCUGAUACACAUCUUCUUGAGCUGGCUUCUCGUUUCCUUCUUCGGCCUCGGCCUCAUCGGUGCGGUCGUGGCCCUCAACAUCGGCUGGUGGGUGGCGCCUCUCUGGCAGAUUCUCUACGUCGUCUGCGGCGGCUGUCCUGAUACGUGGACCGGCCUGUCAUGGCAGGGCUUGUUAGGUCUUUGGGAAUUCACAAAGCUUUCUCUAGCUUCAGGAGUUAUGUUAUGUUUGGAGAAUUGGUAUUAUAGGAUUUUGGUAAUUCUGACUGGAAAUUUGAGCGACGCAGAAAUUGCCUUGGAUGCACUUUCUAUAUGUAUGACUAUAAACGGGUGGGAAAUGAUGAUUCCAUUUGCAUUCUUUGCGGCUAUCGGGGUGAGGGUGAGCAACGAGUUGGGCGCCGGCAACGGCAAAGGCGCAAGGUUCGCCACCAUCGUGUCGGUGCUCACCUCCACAGUCAUCGGACUCUUCUUCUGGGCCCUCAUCGUCAUUCUUCACAACAAGUUUGCGCUCCUCUUCACCUCCAGCGCCGUUGUCCUCGCCGCCACCUCCAAAUUGGCGGUUCUCCUCGCCUUCACCAUCCUUCUCAACAGCGUCCAACCCAUUCUCUCGGGUGUAGCGGUGGGUUCGGGAUGGCAAGCUUAUGUGGCUUAUGUAAACGUAGGCUGCUACUACAUCUUUGGUCUUCCCGUGGGCGUGGUUCUAGGCUGGGUCUUCCACCUGGGAGUUGCCGGAAUUUGGGGAGGUAUGAUUGGCGGGACUGCUGUUCAGACCCUCAUUCUCGGUGUCAUCACAAUCCGCUGUGACUGGGAGAAGGAGGCGUGGAUGGCCUACCUUCGAAUCAACAAAUGGAAGGUCUCAUGUUCGCCGACGCACGAGUAGUCUCAGCGACACAUCGAGAAGCUCUUCUUGGAGGUUCUCUGCAAAUGUGUGAUCCUUCAUACGCGAAUGAGAGGGAUCAGGAACUACAGGAUGCAGACUGCGAAUAUGUUGUCACAUCGCAACUUAUCCUACUUUUCCUGAUAGUGAUCAGUUAGAUCUAUCAUGAGAGAGUUUGUUGCAUGUUCAAUAAGGCCAUUGGUGGCCACGAACUAAUGGAGAAAGAGCGUAUACGAUAAAGCAGAUCGAGGGUGUCUUUGACGUUGAUAAUCACUAUUCAUGCAUACGAGUGUAUACACAGGACAUGGACUCUUCCAAAGAGCUCCUCAAUAAUUUUUUUUUUCGAUGAACUGGUGCCAAUCUACUAUUC